AUGAACCAAAAAAAAACCCAUUAAAAAACCCAUUAAAAAACCACACUCUUCUUUUUUUUUUGAACCAAAAAAACCACACUCUUCACUGCCUUCUCUUUAGCUUCAAACCCAUUCUCUGCACAAGAAUUAGGGUUUCAUGUGAUGUGGAGUGCUUGAAUCUUUACUCCUGAACUUUUCUCACACUUUCUCCGGAAAAUGAGAGCAAUGGGAAAGAAUGUGCUGGUGUUGGCCCUCACCCUUGUGGUCUUGUUUGGUGGUUUCUCAUCAGCUCAAGCCACUUCUCCUGCAAAGAUUGUUAGUGGGUUUCUCUCAAGUGUUGCCUCUGUUCUGAUGAAAUGGUUGUGGUCACUCAAAGCUACAGCUACCACCAAAACAGCAAUUACUGGCCGUCCGAUGAUGAAGUUUGAGAGUGGGUAUAUUGUUGAGACUGUGUUUGAUGGAAGUAAGCUUGGGAUUGAGCCAUACUCUGUGGAGGUGUUGCCCAGUGGAGAGCUCUUGGUUCUGGACUCUGCUAACAGUAAUCUCUACAAGAUCUCUUCUCCUUUGUCUCAAUAUAGCCGACCGAGGCUGGUUGCUGGAUCUGCUGAAGGAUACUCUGGACAUAUAGAUGGGAAAGCUAGGGAGGCAAGGAUGAACCACCCAAAGGGACUCGCAGUGGAUGACAGAGGGAACAUUUAUAUUGCUGAUACUAUGAAUAUGGCGAUCAGGAAAAUAGGUGAUGCAGGGAUUACAACAAUAGCAGGAGGCAAAUGGGGUCGUGGAGGGGGGCAUGUAGAUGGACCGAGUGAAGAUGCAAAGUUUUCAAAUGAUUUUGAUGUGGUUUACAUUGGAAGUAGUUGCUCCCUCCUUGUCAUAGACAGAGGAAACCAGGCAAUCCGGGAGAUUCAACUGCAUUUUGAUGAUUGUGCUUACCAAUAUGGAAGUGGUUUCCCUCUUGGAAUCGCAGUGCUUGUGGCAGCUGGCUUCUUCGGUUACAUGCUGGCAUUGCUGCAACGAAGGGUUGGUACCAUAGUGUCUCCCCCAAGUGAGGAUGAGACAACACCAAAACAGAGCAUUCCUCCAAGUCCAUAUCAGAAGUCUAUGAAAUCUUCAGUGAGGCCACCACUAAUUCCAACCGAAGAUGAUCAGGAAAAGCAAGAAGAAGGCUUAUUUGGAUCUCUUGGCAAGCUUCUUGUCAACACUGGGGCAUCAGUCACAGAAAUCUUCACGGGGAUAUUUCCAGGUUUUAGAAAGAAGUCGCCAAGCUAUCAAUAUCAACAACCCCAACAGCACAAAUAUUUAAAUGCUUGGCCAGUGCAAGAGAGCUUUGUGAUUCGAGAUGAAGACGAGCCUCCUUCUAUUGAAACCAGAACCCCUACUCCGCGCAAAAUGUACCCAUUCAUGUCCAAGGAUGCCGAGAAAAUGCAACAGCUCCGGCAGAGCCAUGCUUUUUAUAGCGGAUGGGACGGUGAUUUCCAGCAGCAACAGCAGAAACAGCAACAACAUCAUCAUCAUCACCAGUAUCAUUCAUCGCCCCCACAAACUUACUAUGAGCAGAGUUUUGAGAAAACCAAUGAGGUCGUGUUUGGAGCGGUUCAGGAGCAGGAUGCAAAGCGUGAGGCCAUGGUAAUAAAGCCGUUGGAUUAUGGGAAUUCCUUUCUUGAAAACCGGAAUUUUCGCACUCGAAGUAGUUCUAUGGGUCAUACUAAUGGGUAUUAAUCAUAUAUACAUGAAAACAAAGUUUUUGGCAUUUCAAAAUCAUCUCAACUUCAUAAAUGUUAUUAAAUUUUAGGGUAUGGUAGUAUGAAAAAUAUCAUUUUGGAGAGUGGAAAAAUUGUGGGAGCAGCUUUGAUGCAAAGAUUUGUAGUCCUAAGAAAAUUUGCAGUUCUAUGAAAGAAAAUUGGUGGGAUAUUGUUCUCUUGAAUGUUUGGUUUUAUACUGAAGAUACGUACUUCUCCCUUUCCA